AUUCAUCUAUCUGCAUGACUAUGACGGUCUAUCAACAAGUCCAAAGAAUACUCUCCCACCUAUGUAUAAUUCAUAGAUCCUCUCAAAAGACGUAAGGUGGAGACAACAGCCAAGCUCACUGCGGGGAAACAACACCCUAGAUUCCUCCCUCCAGCAAGGGACCCUAACCUUCCCCUGUUGGGCUCGUCAAUCCUCAUCCCGUCCCCGUGGGGGUCGGCCCUCCUCCGAGAGUGUUGUCCAAUAGUUGAUGCAAUAUCCGUGUCUAUCGCCAUCCACCCUCGGCAUGGUCUGAUGGGUCUGGUUGGUGUAUAAAUACUGACAGGUCGGUUAUCGUUCGGAGGGUCUGCUUUUGGUGAUUUGUGAUUUGUAUCUUUACUUCUAUCUUCUGGUUGGAGAAGCAGGACAAUAUGGCUGGCUGGUACGCUCUUGGGGUCGCUUUUUUUGCGGCCAUCGGGACAUUUCUUUUUGGCUUCGAUACGGGAAUCGCGACUACUACCAUCGCCCAUCAAAGCUGGAUCGAUUAUAUGGAUAACCCAUCCAAGGGUUUGACGGGUGCUGUCGUCGCGGUGUAUAUUGCCGGCGAAGCGGUCGGCGCGCUCACGCAGACGUUAAUCGCGGAUCGACUGGGCCGUCUGCGCUUCAUGGAGCUCAUGUGCGUGGUUGUCACGAUCGGGACUGUCAUUCAGACUGCCUCUGUUAAUAUCGGCAUGUUCCUCGCGGGCCGUGUGUUGGCUGGUUUUGCUGUUGGAGGCAUGGUCGCCACAGUCCCCAUCUACCUCAGCGAGAUCUCAGACCCCCGCUACCGCGGCCUCAUCGGAGGCAUCUCCGGGUGCGGAAUCUCCUUCGGAACAAUGGCCUCCAACUGGGUCGGCUACGCCUGCAGCUUCGCCCCGUACGGGCCGGUCCAGUGGCGUCUUCCUCUGGGCAUCCAGAUACCCUGGGGCAUCAUCAUGUUCUUGGGGUUGAUCACCUUCAUGCCUAAUUCCCCGCGCCAUCUGAUUCGGCGGGGUUUGAUUGAGCAGGCGCGCAGCGAGUUCAGCCGGAUUCGGCGGGAUCUGCACUCGGAUGAUGUGCAGAGGGAGUUUGCGGGGAUGUUGGCGCAGAUUGAGUAUGAGAAGGAGAGGGAGAUUACCUCUUAUCGGGAGAUUUUCCGUGUGUUUAGACAUCGGGUGCUGGUGUCUAUUGCUGUGCAGACUAUGACUAGUUUGACUGGUGUCAAUGUUAUCCAGUAUUACCAAACAAUCCUCUAUAAAUCCCUCGGCAUCGGACCCCACGGGGUCCUCGCCCUGGCGGCUGUGUAUGGGACGAUAGCCUUCCUCGUGAACAGCCUCACUACCAAAUACCUGACAGACCAAUGGGGGCGUCGCAAAAUGAUCCUGUCCGGAUUAGCCGGGAUCGUCGUGGUUGAGAUCUACGCCGCUGUGAUGCAGCGCGAGUUCCAACAUACUGAUAACCGCGUGGGCAAAGGGUUUGCCAUUUUGGGGAUUUACCUGUUUGUUGUUGCGUACUAUGGUAUGCUCAACAGCACGACCUGGCUCUAUGGAGCUGAGGUCCUCCCCAUUGCGCUCCGAAGCAAAGUGAUGGGGUUGGCAGCGGCGUCUCACUUUAUAGUCAAUGUUGCCAUCACGGAAGCCGGCCCCAGUGCGUUUGCCAAUAUCCACGAAAACUACUACUACGUUUUUGUCGUUUGCUCGGCUUUCUUUCUGGUUGUGGCUUAUUUCUAUUUUCCGGAAACAAAACAAAAAACCCUAGAGGAAAUCGCCGCCUCAUUCGGGGACAAAGUGGUGGAAUCCGACGAGACAGCGAGCCGAAUGCGAGAUGACAUGGGGAGCCCAAAGCCUGGGGAGGAACGAGUGGAGGUGAUAGGUUGA